AUGAGUUCUGGCGAAGCGAUUCCCGCGAUGCAGGAAGUCAUGCUUGAGUUUCGUGCUGGUAAGAUGUCUUUGCAGGGAACAAGAGUCGUCCCCGAUACACGAAAAGGACUUGUCCGCAUUGCUAGAGGUUAUGAGGGACUGAUUCAUUUCCAGUGGAUUGAUCGAAUCCAGAAUUCAGUGGAAGAUGAUCAAAUUGUUUUCCCCGAUGAAGCUCUGUUUGAAAAGGUUAAUCAAUCAUCAGACAGGGUGUAUAUUCUGAAGUUCAACAGUGAUGACCGCAAGUUAUUCUUCUGGAUGCAGGAGCCGGGAGCUGAAGGUGAUGCAACGCUCUGCACUGCGGUCAAUCAAUACCUAAAUCAACCAAUAGAGUUUCUUGAAGAAGGACAUGAAGCUCCUGUCCCUGUGGAUGUGGAUGACAUGGCAGAAGAUGAUGUUUCAUCUAGAGCUGGAAACUUGGUUGUGCCAAAUUUGUCUACGGAGGUGAGUGAUGUGUCAUCUUCGUCUGGACCAGUUAAGCUGGUGGACCUGCAAAGAAUUCUGAACAACAUCUCUGGUGGCCCUGUAGGUAUUGCUGAAGACGAAGGCCUAGUGUUAGGGGAUAUCUUGAAGCCGGAGUUGAUUAUGCCAUUGCUUGAGAUGUUACCUGUACAAGAACGACUGUCUGCGCAUUUACCUGAGGGUCACAGUAGGGCAGAAGAUAUAUUGGAGUUGUUGCAGAGCCCUCCUUUUCGUCAACAAGUAGAUGCAUUUACCUAUGUACUUCGCACAGGACAAAUUGAUUUGACUCAGUUUGGUAUCGAUCCAAGUAAAUAUAAGUUCACAGUUGACUCAUUCCUUGAGGCACUUGAGGACUCGGUUUCAACGCAAUCAAAGGAUGCAAUGGAUGAGAGUUGA